UUAUUCAAACAUGAGUCAGAGUAAGCUAGAAGAAGUCAAAAUUUCUAUUAUCAAUCAAAUCAAAUUUCAAAAUAUAUUUAUUUUUGUAUACUUCUAUAUAAAAAUUGUGAAAUCCCUUUCGUAUGAAUACGCUGAACAAAACGACAGUUGGCAUAGCAGCCGGUGUGGCCGGCACACUAUUCCUCGGCUAUUGCAUCUACUUCGAUCGCAAACGACGUGCCGAUCCCGAGUACAAACUGAAAGUGCACGAGCGUCGGCGACGCAAUCGCAAACAUCAAAAUGCGGCACGAAAUGCAAGUCUGAAUGAUUACGAAGCGCUGCAGCGUUACUUCGCACAGGAAAUCAACAUGGGCGAAACACUAAUUGGGCAAGGUGAAUUCGAGAAUGGUGUGGCGCACUUCGUUAACGCUUUGGGUGUGUGCGAACAACCGACGCGCAUUUUGGGCUUCUUUCAAGCCACACUCUCGCCGCAAGUUUUCGCUAUGCUCAUAAUUAAAUUGCAGGAGUUCAGUAAUCGCGCGAAUGCCGAAACGAAUGGCGUACCGAAAGUUGGUAGCGCCAAUUCGAUUGAUAGUGAUGGCAAACCGGUGUGUUUUGUUGAUGGUACGCCGAGUACAAUUUUGAUUGAUGAUCUGGAAUAGUUGUUGUUGUUGGUGUAUGACGAUACAUUUUGUUCGUAUGUGUGUGUGUGGGUAUAUGCAUGUCUAUUUGGUUCGAUUAUACUCUUUGUAGUGCUAGCUGUAAUGAUUAUCUGCAUGUGUAUGUUUUUUUUUGUGAGAGGGUGCUAAAUACUUUAUAUUUGUAUAAAAUUAUAAUAAAUUUUAAAGUAAGAUAAAAAA